AUGAAGUCCGAUGUGCUCCUCCUGGUGCCCACUCUCCCCUCCACCUGCUCUGCUCUUCCCAUGCUUUCUUCGAGGUCUCGCCAUCGGAACGAUCUGGCCAGGAAGCACAGGGAGGACGGGAGGGCGGAGAAGGAAAUAAAAAAGUGUGUCACGGAUUUCUUAUCUCCAAACUUCGGACCUCCACGAAAGGAAACCUUUGAAAGUAAUGCGAUCUACGUCAAACGCCUCGGUCCUGCUCUCAAGGCAAUCAGAAAUCUGGCAACAUAUGAAGUACACGACAGUACGUCCUACAGAGUUCCAGACACGGAGUUCCAGAGAGAGAAAGAGAGUUCCAGAGAAAGGCAGAGAUCAAGAGCAAGAGCAAGAGAAAGAGCGACGCUGUCGUCCACAACGCACAGUGCCGAGCAAUAUAAUUUUGUACUCUCCAGAUCUGGUCGUCGUCCGGAGCCAAGGGUCGAGCUCGAGGUCGAGGGUCGCAGCAGCAACCGAUUUAGGGAUCGGAUGCACAUGCCGCGAGCGAGCGCUCGAGGGUUAGGUGUCACGGACGGCCGGCAACCGUUCGCUGCGGUACGACGAAAGCCGUUUCUGAGGGGGGUGGCUACGGUAAGCGGCAUCUUUUACCACGCCGUUAUUCCGACAGGCAGGGGCAAGGACGAGGGUGACGCCGGCCGGGGAAGGCCGCCGGCGGGAGAAGAGGGCGAAGGGUGGGCAGGGUCCGGUCCGGUCUAG